AUGUACGCAGCGAUGGAGAGCCCGAACUUUACGCACGGAUCCACUACCGUGAACGAGACGCAGGCUCAGCCCUCGCGACCGCCCGCUUUACCCGUUUUCAUGUUUGCUGGAGGCGCCGUUGGCAACUUGAUCGCCAUCGUCGUUCUCUCGGUGUCGAGGCAGGAGAGGAAGUCCUCGGCGUUCUACACGCUGGUGUGCGGUCUGGCGGUCACGGACCUGCUGGGCACGUGCCUGGCCAGUCCGAUCACUAUCGCCAACUACAUGGACCGGCACGUGCUGGAGGACAAAUGCGUCUGCGAGUUCCAGUCGUUCCUGCUGCUGUUCUUCGGCCUGACGGGGCUCAGCAUCAUCUGCGCCAUGGCCGCCGAGCGCUACUUGGCCAUUUGCUGCCCGUACACCUACCAGCGCUGGGCGGUGGACAGGCGCUUUGCGCAGCGGUUCCUCGUCUGCAUUUACGCCAGCCACGUUCUCUUCUGCUGCCUCCCGAUGAUGGGCACGGUGCGGAGCGAGCUGCAGACCUCCAGGUCCUGGUGCUUCAUCGACUGGAGGACGCGGGAGCCGGCGGCCGCCGCCUACUCCAUCCUGUACGGCACCGUGAGCCUGCUGCUCAUCGUGGGCACCAUCGUGCUGAACCUGGCGGUGUGCGGAGCGCUGCUGCUGAUGCGCCGCAGGACGGCGACGCGGCCCGUCACCAAAGGCAGCGUCCGCGAGCGGUGGAAGGCGCUGUCCUCGGCCGCGGAGACGCAGAUGAUAGCGGUGCUGGUCAUGACCUCGGCGGUGGUUCUGGCCUGUUCGGCUCCGUUGGUGGUCCGUGUGUUCGCUCAUCGCUUCCUGCUGAAGAACGAGCCCAAAGCGGACCUAACUGCCAUCAGGAUCGCCUCAGUGAACGCCAUCCUCGACCCCUGGAUCUACAUCCUCCUCAGGAGGUCUCUCUUCCGGCGCUUGCUCAGUCUGUCGAGGAACGGCAGCUGCAGCAGUUCCUCCUCUGCGCAGAGGACCCUGUUUCAUCCCGAUAUCACGAGAGACGGCCACGUGUUCACCCAGCUCAUGUGCAACGCCAACAUCAUCACUCAGCUGCCCGCCAACGUCAAAUUCACCCAGCGCGACGCAGACCGCGUGCAGCAGACUUGAAGAGCGCUUCUCAGGGGCACAGACUGACUGACAGCGCACUCAGCGUGGGGAGACACGCGGCUGCGCUGGGUCCCGCUGGGUUAUUUAUUUAUUGAACUGAACUGCUCUGAUUGCGCCGAUGUACAUUGGAUGCAACACAGGAUGAAGAACAGAAGGCACAAGUGUUUGGCCGGGACUGUGCAACAAGACAUUUAACUCCAUCCUCAUGCUCCGAGUUCCUCCGUAUCCGUCACACACACAAAACAUCACUUUACUUCAGUUGGUGCACACUUAUCUCCUGUUCAGUUUAUGCAACUAACCGGACUCAUUAUGUCCAGUACAUCUUUGACUUAUUCCAACUGGGUAAAGUGUCAUUUUUUUAUAUAAAGCAGCAUCAGCAUCAGUUUUUCUCCAUCACCACUGCACAGUAGUCAUGAGACACUCAAAAUGCAAUAAAUCCUGAGUCCACAGAUUCCUGCCGCAUCAGGUCUGUACUGUAAACGUGUACACACAUCCGCUCCCAUAAGGAAACACACUCGUGCUUUGUUUCGGGUUCCAGUUUCCAGGUGUAAGUUUUGGUCCAGAUUAUCACCAGUCACUUUUAGAUAGGUGAAUGUUCAUGAAUAAAUAUUCAUCCUCUGAAUGUGAAUCGUACAUGAUAACCUCUGUGAAAAUAAGUUACUAAUCAAAAAAUCUGAACAAUAAUUAGCCAAAAAGAGAAAACAAGCCUUAACAUAAGUACCUCAUCUCCCCUCAUCGGAGGCAUUUGAUGCUAAGAGCAGGCUUAAUCAUAAUUAGGAGAAAUGGGAGUCUGAGCUCCAUGUGCAGGAUUUUUUUGUACUGUUUUGGGAAACUUCACUCUUUCCCAGCAAUGAUAAAAGUCAGUUAAGUUAUUUAUAACGUGUAAACAAUGUAUGAACCAUUUUUUUGCAUUAAUUUGGUGUGAACUGUAAAACUAUACUGGUCUUUUACAAACAGACUGUUUCUACUGAAAUAAUGGAUUUGUGACCACCAGAGGGCAGAAGGUUUAGACUUAUUAGAGUGUCAAAUAUAACACAAGGUAAAAGAUUAGACACGUAGAUCGCACCUUUGCUUUGCAUCCACCGACGUAAUUUGCAUCUCCACCAAAUGUGCCACUAUAGAACAAACAUGUAUAAGUUCAGUUCUUAAUGUUCAUAAUGCAUUUAUUCCCCCCCAACAUUUAAAAAUAGCAUUUACUAAACAUAAGCAGACAAGACUGUGCAUGACAGCACCUCUGUACAUUUCAUACCUUGACACCAUAAAUAAAAAUCUAUAAACAUCGCUUAAGUAAAAAUUUUUACAGUUUUACAGAGUAAUGUCCCGUUUCCCAUUCA